AUGACCACCUCCAUACCUGAACAGCAGAUGGCACCUCACGAAGCCAUACGCCCAACUCGGACAGCGAACGUUGGGAACGAGGAGGUCAUCGCUCGAGGCGCCCCAAGGAAGUUUCCAAACGUUACACUUCGCCAACACCAUGCGGCUGCAGAUGUCGAACAUAUUCGACCAGACGAAUCGUACCUUCAAACCGAGGAAGAGGAGGAGGAACACUAUGAGGAGGAAGAAGAAGCUGAAGAAGAUGAAAUUUACGAAGACGAGGUGGAGCAGUUGGUCAAAGCCAGAGAAAUUGAAAGGAAAAAAGCUAUCGCUGAGGGAAAAAUGGACAACCUACUGGUCCCCAAACGACUGGAGGAUGCGAUAUCUAUUGUUGGGACAUGUAUGCAUACGUGCCCUAGAUUUGAAAGGUAUCGACGCGAACGUGAAAACAAUCUGUUUGAACGGGAAACAAUCCCUGGCACCAAAAGGGUCAACCACAACGAUGCAGUCAAGAUGUACGAGCGUGCAGCUGGCGACAACCUCCUAUCUACGCCCUCCACACUUUCUCAAGGUCAGUCAGAUACCCACACCUCUACAGCGCAAUCUUUAACAUUGUACCCUCAGUGCACACUUGACUACCUCUUUCACAACCUUCUCCCCCGUGGUGGUUUCUCUGCUACAUUCAACUUCAUCCGAGAUGGUAGCCGAGCUGUCCGCAAUAAUUUUACCAUGGAGCACAUCACAGGCCCCCUUGCAAUUGAAUGUCACGAUUGCUGUGCUCGUUUCCACAUCCUUGCCCUUCAUUUCGAACGCGAUAGACCUGGGUUCUCUCUUCCCUUGGAAGAACAGCAGCUCAUGAACAAAUUUUACCAAGAUCAACGCGACAGAUAUGAUUCCCCAACGGAACUCGAAAUGCGCGUGUACCACCGACUUAUCCAUAUCCGUGAUCAGAAGGAACGCCAUGAAGACAUCCCUGAAUAUAUCCUUUCGCACCCCGUUUAA